AUGUUCGAUAUUCUAUCACACUGCAAAGCAGGCGUGGAGGUAAAUGAAGGGCCAGAUUUCCACGUCAAAGUUGAAAUGGUACCGGUCCCAGAACUCGGUGAGAUCAACUUAAUCAAAAAUGUCUUAUACCAGCAAAUAAAGAGAGUUAAUGAAAUAGGAUCAGAUGAUAUAUUGAUUAAAUGA